GUGCGGUUCCCCUGCUGUUGAAAUUUAUAAAUAUCCAAACAGCUGAUCAGUUGGAUCCGAAAACCUCACAAGCUCUUUUCUUUUCUCUCUCUCUUUCUUUCUGUCUCCUCUUUGUGGGAAUCCGAAGAGAGAAAGAGAGAGAAUGAAAGAACAAAGGCUCUGUGUGGUUACUCUCCUGUUUGCUCUGCUUUCCACAUGCACCUUAUCGCACGGCAAGAAACAGGGUGAGGCUCUUGGCCAUCUCUACAAGGCCAAGUUCCAGGAAAACUCCAUCAUCGACACCAGUGAUUUUCAGGCAAAGCAAGUUCAUGUGGGUGAGGCCAAGAAGGUUGUUCUUCCUCAGGAUGGGUUGAAGGCGAAGGAUAAAAUUGAGACAUUGCCGGGUCAACCCAGUGUUGGGUUCACCCAGUAUGGUGGUUAUGUUACGAUUGAUGAAUCCUCUGGACGCGCCCUUUAUUACUACUUUGCUGAGGCAGAGCAUUCCCUGCAGCCUCUGCCCCUCCUUCUCUGGCUUAAUGGAGGCCCAGGUUGUUCUUCUCUGGGAUACGGUGCAAUGGAAGAACUAGGACCAUUUCGAGUCAGUAGUGAUGGAAAAACUCUCUACGAAAAUAAAUUUGCUUGGAAUAAAGCUGCUAAUGUGUUGUUUUUGGAGAGUCCUGCUGGAGUGGGAUUUUCAUACUCCAAUACAUCACUGGACUAUGACAAAAGUGGAGAUAGAAAGACGGCAGAAGAUAAUUAUAUAUUUUUGUUGAAUUGGUUGGAAAGAUUUCCCGAAUACAGAAACAGGGAUUUUUUCAUUUCUGGUGAAAGCUAUGCUGGUCACUACGUUCCCCAGCUGGCUCAUACUAUUCUUCAUCACAACAAAAUUGCCAAAGCAAACAUUAUUAAUCUGAAAGGGAUAAUGAUAGGGAAUGCAGUGAUAAAUGAUGAAACGGAUGUGAGAGGGAUGUAUGAUUAUCUGGGGAGCCAUGCGCUGGCAUCGGACCAAGCCACGUACCAAAUCCAGAGGUACUGUGAUUUCUCGUCCAAUGCCAGCGUCCAGUCCGGUGAGUGCAGUGAGGCCACAGACGAAGUCAGCAAGGACAUCUUCAGCAUCAACAUCUACAACAUUUAUGCUCCCCUCUGCUUCUCUUCCAAUCUCACACCCGCCGCCAAGAAGGCUACCGUUAUGCGAUUUGAUCCAUGCACAGAUUAUUAUGUAUACGCAUAUUUGAAUAGGCCUGAUGUUCAAAAAGCUCUUCAUGCCAAUGUUACCAAUCUCAAAAAUGAUUGGGAACCUUGCAGUGAUGUGAUAACAAAAUGGAGAGAUAGUCCGUCAACAAUAAUCCCUCUCCUUCAAGAAUUCAUUGAUAAUGGACUUCGAGUUUGGAUAUUUAGUGGUGACACAGAUGGAAGGGUACCAGUUACUUCAACAAUAUAUUCUAUUAAUAAGAUGAAAUUGCCUGUGAAAACUUUGUGGCAUCCCUGGUUCCUCAAUGGAGAGGUUGGUGGAUAUACACAAAUAUACAAGGGGAACCUAACAUUUGCCACAAUAAGAGGAGCAGGACAUCAAGUGCCAAGUUAUCAGCCGAGGAGAGCUCUUUCGCUAAUCAAGCACUUCCUUGCUGGCACGCCUCUCCCCAAUACUUUGACACAUUGAUUCUUUGAAAUUUUCAAUCUAUCAUUAUUCUAAGCUUGUUUAAAAUUAUUGAGAUUGAAUAUAAUGGUCUUGUAAGGGUUUGGUUGGUUCA